CUGUGGCUUGUGACCCUCUCGUGACCCCUGCAAAGAGCCACCUGACCUGUGCUGAUCCACUGGAAAAGUUCUCUUUUCGUUCUUCUUGUAAAGCUACUUGUGAGGAGGGAUACACACUGAGAGGAGAAACCACACUCACUUGUCUGAGUGACGGCAACUGGUCAGCACCAACACCUGCAUGUGAAGUUAUAAGAUGUGAUGCUCCGGAGUCUGUUCACCAUGGCUCUGUGCACUGUCAGGACCACCUGGGGGAGUUCAGCUAUGGUUCCUUGUGCUGGCUGGAGUGUGGCGCUGGAUUUACUUUAAAAGGAAGUAAUUCAACUUACUGCACCUCACAAGGGAAAUGGAGCCAAGAAUUUCCUGUUUGUCAAGCACAGCAGUGCAGCCCCUUAAUUGACUCUUCUCAUGGUACUGUAAUCUGCACUCAUCCUAAUGGGCAAUUCAGCUUUGGUACAGUGUGUGAAGUGAGCUGUCAGGCAGGCUUCAAACUGCAUGGCACGCCCCGAAUGGAGUGCUUGGAGAUGGGGAAGUGGACAGACACCCCACCCUUCUGCUUGGCUCAACAGUGCCCCCACUUGACUGCUUCAGAAAAUGGCUGGAUGAAUUGUUCUCAUCCUCACUCCCUGUUUAGCUAUGGCUCCCAGUGCUUCCUGGGAUGUGAGACUGGCUUUGAGAUUACAGGAGAGCCAGGCAUAAAGUGCUCUGCUUCUGGGAACUGGAGUCAGGAGGUGCCCUCUUGUGCUGCUGUUCGCUGUGAGCCCCUUUCACUCUCUCAUCUUCCUGAGCUGGGACCUCCACCCUCAAUGAACUGCUCUCACCCCCAUGGAAACUUCAGCUUUGGAUCUCAGUGUAUGUUCCGGUGUGCCAAGAGCCAUGAGCUCAAUGGAACCAGUCAGCUCAUCUGCAGCUCCAUUGGGUACUGGACCAACUCUCUGCCCAGAUGUGUUGUAAAGGAGAUGUCAGUGAGUGCUGGCAUACUGAUGUACGCAGCUGUGGGAGCUGCUUCUUCAGCUGGUCUACUUCUACUCGGAGGACUAAUGUUUCUGUUGAUGCGGCAAUUCACUAAAAAGGCUCAUUACAGUCUGAAUGACUCUUCAUGGGAAGAGAAUUUGAACCCAUCAUUUGAAUUCAAUUAA